AUGGCCGCCCGCCCGGCCACGGACCGUCAGCAACAACGUCGCACGAGCCCGCCUGCUCCGACCACACCAAUGGAUCAUGUGCAGGAUGUAUUAUCACAGGUCACUCUGCCCUCCACGGAAGGCCCUGGCUCUCCCAUGGAUCCCAACUCCUCCUUCAAGACCGAGAUCAACGACGACAGACCAUCCGCCAUGGUCAUUCCCUCCUCCCUCACCCCGCCUCCCUCGUCGCAGCUCCCUGCCGCCGCCAACCGACGGAACAUGACCUUUUCACAAUCCCAGCUGACAGCACCCGUCUCCCCGCCCGCCACGAUACUAAACGCCCUGCGCGACCGCCCCAUCUCGUCCAUCUACUCCCCGCCAACCGCUGAGCAGAUUAGCGACGCCUCUGCCGACCAACUGCGCGAAAUGCUGCAAACGUGCAUCGCUGAAAACCACAAGUUCAAGAUGGAGACGGCCCAUCACAAGCUGCAGUUGAAGCUGCAGACCCUGCAGGCCGACGAGGAGUCUAAGCGUGCCGCCGUCGAGCAUGACAUGGUUCGCCGUCAAGUCGAUAUUCUUUGCUUGGCCGAGCACUCUAGACAUGCCAAGCGCGAAUUUGGCUCUCCCUCAGACGCCAUUACAUCCAAGUACUUGGACCUGAAGGCAUCAUACGAAGCGGCCCAGGAGGAAAUUGACAGCCUGCAUCGCCGGGUCCGCGCCGCGAAAAAGGUCAUUCAGCAAAAGGAAGACGAGACUACGAGCUUGGCCGACGAACGUGACGUACUCAUCAACCGCAUCCGCGAAAACCGAGAACACUUUCAUUCGCUCUGCAGCCCCGGCGGCAUAUUCCACGGAGCCCUCACCCCACGCCAAAGCUCACAUAUUCCCCAGGCGCGCAAUUCUGCUCGUGCGCACGGCACCGAGAACCAGCACGGUCUGAGCAUGAUUCUCCAGGCUAUGAACCAAGACAAUCAGAACAACAGUGCUCCCUCGACGCCUGCUCCGCUGCCGCGCACUACCCCUCGCCAAAACCGCAUGCACAGCCGCAACGCCCAGUCCAUGUCGUCCCUCCCGACCACACCAAUCAACAACCCCCGUGGCGCACACUCUGGCCUGUUGCCCUCCGCUCACCUGGUGCCACAGACUGAACCCCGAUAUAUGUACACGCAGAAAUACUUUGAGCCCGUCACGCCAGACCGACGGUAUGGUCGCAAGAGCCGCGAGAGCACCAUCUCCGCCGACGAGAGCGAGAAUACCGCCGCUGCACUGAGAGCAACGGAUCCGCGCACCAACGUGUCGAUGCGCAGCCAGGUUGACGUGGCAAACGAGACGGAUGUUUUUAGCAGUCAAGCCAGUCAAGCUGCCGCCGACCUCCUCCGCCGUCAUCCAGGUCAGAGCCUCGACGUAGCGAGCUCCGGCGACUCGCGUGACGGCAGUCCGAUUCAGCUUCCCGUGAAACCCGUCCUUGCCAAGGCCCGCUCCAGACUACCAGAUUCCAGCCGGUCAGAAAAGAGGCGAUUAUCUGGUUCCGAUGCCGAGGUGGCUGCGGCAAAGUCACGGCGCGAGCACGGGAGCCCGGCAAAAAAGGCCCGGACCGGCGUGGAUGCCAACGGUCGCCGCGUAGGACUCGGGAUUCAGUACCAGUAA